AUGACUUCUUCUUCUCUAAAAAUUGAUGGUCUUCUUGGCAUGGUGACUCUCCGUCUCAAAGAGAACAACUUCUUGAAGUGGCGAUAUCAACUGGAAUCUGUCCUUGAAGGUCAUGAUCUUUUUGGUUAUUUCGAUGGAUCUGUGAUUCCUCUGCUGAAGUUCGCAAUUAUGGACGAAGAAGGUGUUACUUCUGAAGUCACCGCAGCGUAUAAGGAAUGGCUAAAGAUUGACAAAGCCUUACUCAGUUUCUUGAUUGCGACGCUGUCCGAUGAUGCCAUCGAAUAUGUAAUUGGGAGCAAGACCUCUCGUGAUGCCUGGUUAAGCCUUACAGAUCAGUACGCCACUGUCUCUAGAGCUCGAAUCAAUCAACUUAAGACUGAGAUCCAAACAGCUCAGAAAGGUGGAGACUCCGUUGAUAAAUUCCUCCUUCGUCUCAAGCACAUCAAGGAUCAGUUGGCAAUCGCUAGUGUUCCGGUAUCGGCUGAUGAUCUCAUGAUUUCAGUGCUCAAUGGCCUUUCUUCUGAGUAUGACAUGAUAAAGACUGUCUUUGUGGCUCGUGAAACAUCAAUAUCUUUUAAGGAUUUUCGUACUCAACUUCUCACUACAGAACAAGCUAUUAAGGCUUGA